AUGUAAAUAAAAUAUUUCUUUUUAUUUGUAUUGAUUGCAUUCAGUGCAACUCUUUUAAAAGCAAAUGAGACCUCAACCGAAGAAUUCGAAUUUUAAACCGAAGUAGGUCGUUUAAUGGAUAUAAUUAUUAAUUCUUUAUACACUCAAAAAGAUAUUUUCUUAAGAGAAUUGAUUUCUAAUGCAUCAGAUGCUUUAGACAAAUUACGUUUCUUAUCAGUUAAAGAUACUAAAAUUCUUGAAGGAGAAAGUGAUCUUAAAAUUUAUGUUGAUUACAAUGCUGAGGAAAAGACAGUCUCAGUAACUGAUACUGGUAUAGGAAUGACCAAAAAUGAUUUGAUUUAAAACUUAGGUACUAUAGCUAAAUCAGGAACAACUAACUUUAUUGAGGCUAUUAAAGGUGGAAAUGUUAGUAUUAUUGGUUAAUUUGGUGUAGGUUUUUACAGUUCUUUUUUAGUUGGACAAAAAGUCACAGUUACUUCAAAACAUUAUGAAGAUGAAUAAUAUACUUGGGAAAGUAGUGCAGCUAAUUCUUUUACUAUUACAAAGGAUACAGUAUAAACAAUAACUAGAGGUACUAAAGUAACUAUAUAUUUAAAACAAGAUGCUAACGAAUUUGUCGAAGAAAAAACUUUGUCUGAAUUAAUCAAAAAGCAUUCAGAAUUUAUUAAUUUCCCAAUUUAUUUGAGAACUUUUAGAGAAGAAGAAAAAGAAGUACCAGUUGAAGAAAAUGAAAGUGAAAAGAAAGAUGAUGAAAGUGAUGAAAAUAAAAAGAAAGAAGAAAGUGAAAAGAAAGGAGAUGGUGAAAAAAAAGAAGAUGGUGAAAAAAAAGAAGAAUAAGAUGGAGAAGGAAAAAAAAAAGAUGAAGAAAAACCAAAAACAAAGAAAAUAAAAGAAAAAAUUCCUGAAUGGAAAUAAAUGAAUGAAAACAAAGCAAUUUGGACUCGCCCUAAAGAAGAAAUUGAAGAUGAAGAAUAUGUCAGUUUUUAUAAAAGUUUCAGUAAAGACUAUGAAGUUCCAUUAAAUUGGAUUCAUUUUAAAGGAGAAGGAGAGGUUGAAUUUACAUCUUUAUUGUUUUGCCCAAAGAAAGCUCAACAUGACUAAUUCGACAACUAUUAUAGUAAAUCAACUGCUUUGAAAUUGUAUGUAAGAAGAGUUUUAAUUAAUGAAGAAUUCGAAGAAUUAAUGCCCAGAUAUUUAAAUUUUAUUAAAGGUGUUGUCGAUUCUGAUGAUUUACCUUUAAAUGUAAACAGAGAAAGUAUUCAAUAAGUGAAAAUGUUGAAAGUAAUUAGCAGAAAAUUGGUAAGAAAAACUCUUGAAAUGAUAAAAAAAAUGGCUGAUGAAGAAGGAAAAGAUGAAUCGGAUGAUUAUGAUGAUGAUGAAUAAGGAUCUUAAGAUGAUUAAUAAGUUAAAGAUGGUGAAAAGAAGGAAGAAGAAAAGGAAAAAAAUGAAGAUAACAAAGAAGAAUAAGAAAAAAAAGCAUAAGAAAGAAGAGAUAGAUAUAAAACUUUCUGGAAGGAAUUCGGAAAAAAUAUUAAAUUGGGAAUUAUUGAAGAUUCUACUAAUAGAGAAAAAUUAAUGAAAUUAACUAGAUGGUAUUCUUCUUAUAAUUCUACUGAAUUAACUUCUUUUGAUUAAUAUAUUGAAAGAUCUAAAGAAGGUCAAGAUUCUAUUUAUUAUUUGGCAGGAGAUAGCAAAGAAUAAGUUCUUAAUCAUCCUACUAUUUAAAGAUUACUUAAAAAAGGAUACGAAGUCUUAAUUUUGGAUGAUCCAAUUGAUGAAUUUACUUUCUAAAACAUGUCCGAAUAUAAUAAAAAAAAAUUCGUAAAUGUUGGAAAAGGUAACUUCAAAUUCCCUGAAGAUAAUGACUAAGAAAAAAAAAGAAACAAAGCUAUUAAAAAAAUCUUCAAACCUUUGACUGAUUGGUGGAAAAAAUUAUUGACAGCUGAUUUGGAAGAAGUUAGAAUUUCUUAAAGACUCCAUGAUGAUCCUUGUGUUAUUGUCUCAAGUGAACAUGGCUAUUCAGCUUAAAUGGAACGUAUUUCUAGAGCCUAAGCUUAUGCCAAUUCUGAUAGAUCUAAUCCUUAAGCUAAUCAAAAGAAAAUUCUUGAAAUUAAUCCUAAUCAUCCUGCUAUUAAAGAAUUACUUGAAAGAGUUAAAGAAGAUCCUGAUAAUUAAACUGAAGAAUUAGCUAAAGUCUUAUAUGAAGGAGCUAUGGUUAACUCUGGUUAUAACCUUAAAGAACCUAUUGGAUUCGCAUAAAGAUUCUACAGAUUACUUAACAGUGCAUUAGGUAUACCUAAAGAUGCUCCUAUUGAAGAUUAUGAAGUUAAUUUGGAUGAUGAUGAAGAUGAAGAAGAUUAAGGUAAAAAGAAAAAUGUAGUUGGAGAUGAUAAUGAAGAAUAAAAUUUAGAUGAUGGUAAAGAUGGUAAAGAAGAUAAAGAAGAUUUGUGAUUUUCUUUCUUUUAGACAUUAUUUUAUAAAAAAUAAAUAAAAAUUAAAAUAAAAUAAAUCAUUUUUUUUUUAAUUUUUUUGUUAGUUUAAUGUUGUUUAUUUUAGUUUCUCUUAUUUAAUUAAUACAUAAAAAAU